UUCCGGCUUUCAUUAUAAUACUAAAAUUAUUUUCUCCGUGUUAAACAAUCUGUCUGUUUCCGUGUCAAUAACCUUGUGUGUCAUUCUGUGCUGUCAGAAACUGACUGCUUAUCUCGACCUGAAUCUGGACAGAUGCUACAUCAUCACCCUGAACACCUCUAUCGUCAUGCCGCCCAGAGAUUUCCACGAGUUCCUGGUCAACAUCAAGGCAGGAAUGUAUCUUCCUCAGACGUACCUUAUGCGAGAGGAGAUGAUGGUUACAGAGAGGCUGGACAGCACCAGUGAUCUGGGCUAUUACAUCAAUGACCUGUGCAAGGACAAAGACACGUACAGACUCCAGCGCAGAGACAUCAUACUGGGUAUGCAGAAACGUGAAGCUUUGAACUGCCACAAGAUCCGCCAUUUUGAAAACAAGUUUGUUGUGGAGACUUUGAUCUGUGAGCCAUGAAGAACAUGACUCUCUGACGAAGCAGCAGAUCUUCAGCUCUUCCUUUCAUUCAGUGAAAACCUUUUCUACUGUAGGCCUUUUUUUCACAUAUUUUUUUAAAUCUAAAAUAUGAAAUUGUCUUUUCUGCACAAAGAUGUGUAUUAUGUUUGAGUAUACAUGUAAUGUGUGUCUUAUGCUAUUUUAUGAAUAUUAGACUUAAUAAAAGGACAUAUUGCGCACAAGAGCAAAAAGUGAUUAACAAUAGUGAUUUUAGCCUAUAUAGAAGUCCAAUCAGAGUUUAAGACAGUAAGUAAUUUAAUCAUUAAUAAUUUAUUCCCAUGAGAUUGCUGAAAAAUGUAUGAUUUUUUUUCUGUAUCUUUAACAUUUGCAACAUCUACUGUACUUAAUUUUGAUACUAUUCAAAGUUUCAGCAAAUCAGUGUAUAAUGUGGAUCACAAUGUUGCAGUGCUAAAAUGCAUAACGUCACAAUUUGAGGUUUUCUUGAAUUUGCAUUUUAUUUGCAAAUAUAAAUAUUUAGUUUUAAAUGAGAUGGAUAACCAUACAAACAGAACUCUUUCUUUAAAAUUACUACAAAUUUUCCAAUCUGAAAUUACUUUUUGUUUUUUGCUAAUUUGUAUAUAAGAUAAAAUAGGAUCCUAAACUUUACACCUUUCUGUCUUUAUACACAAGCUUUUAAAUUCCAUAUAAGAAACAAAAUAAACAGAAAAAUCAUACACAAUGUUUUUGUCAUGCUUAUGUGAUAUUUUGUUAGGUUUGUCAGUAUAUACUACUAUUCAAAUAUUUGGGGUGGAUUUUUUUUUU